GAUAGAUUUUAUUGUUUCGAAAACAAUGGAGAACUUAAAUAGAUCAGAAAAGAACAUAAAAUCGAAAGUCGGUAUCGAUAUCGAUAUUAGGAAGAUGGAUCAACAGUUGGAACGACAUUUAAAUAAAGUAUUAAUGUUGACGAAGACGGAAUCCUGUGACGAUGAUAAGAAAUCCAAAACUAAGGUUCUAUUGGCAAAAGAAAAAUGGGAAAUCGAUCCCAAUAAGCUGUUGUUGAAGAGUAAAUUCGGCCAAGCCACGUUUGAAUCCGUUCAUAGAGGUUUAUACGAUGGAUUAGAUGUUGCAGUUAAGCUACUGGAUUUGGGAGAAAAUUCCCUGCACAAAAUUUUCUUUCAACAAGUUUCUGUAUGGAAUAAGUUGGAUCAUCCUAACAUUGCCAAGUUAAUUGGUGCAAAAAAAGGCAUUGCUGAAGUAAAAAUGGAACCUGAUAGUGGCAAAAUUGACAAGCCACAAAAUAUUUGUUGCAUUGUGGUAGAAUAUCUUAUGGGAGGUACUCUAAAGUCUUAUCUCAUACGAAACCGAAUAAAGAAGCUACCAUUGAAAGUGGUUGUCGGACUUGCACUUGACAUAGCUAGAGGGUUGAGUUAUAUGCAUUCAUUAAAGGUUGUUCACAGAAACGUGAAAACAGAAAAUAUGCUUCUUGAUAAAGAAGGAAGAGUCAAAAUAACUGAUUUUGGUGUCUCAAGAGUAGAAGCUGCAAAUCUUGCUGAGAUGACUGGACAAACUGGGACACUUGGUUAUAUGGCACCAGAGGUCUUAAUUGGCAAUCCAUACGAUCAGAAAUGCGACGUGUACAGUUUUGGGAUCUGUCUAUGGGAAAUUUAUUGUUGUUCCAUGCCAUUUCCCAACAUUGCUUCAAUUGAAGAAACCUCACUGGUUGUUUACAAGAGUUUGAGGCCGGAAAUACCCAAGUGCUGCCCCAUUUCUGUUGCUGACGUGAUGAAAAAAUGUUGGGAUACGGACCCCAAAAGAAGACCCAAGAUGGAAGAGGUAGUUCAAAUGUUAGAAGCCAUUGACAUUUCAAAUGGUGGCGGUAUGGUACAAGACGACGUUGAACCUCGGGGGUGCUUUAGCUUAUUCAAGAAACGAAGAUGAUAACAAACACAAAGUUGAAAAAUCAUCAUUACUCGACUUUGUCUUCUUGUAAAAUUACCCCAU